GGGGGCGACGACGUGAUGGCGUGCGUCCAUGAUGACAAUGGGAGGGUCCGCAUCCAGCACUUCUAUAAUGUGGGCCAGUGGGCAAAGGAGAUUCAGAGAAAUCCUGCCAGAGACGAAGAAGGCGUUUUUGAGAACAACCGUGUCACCUGCAGAUUUAAACGCCCUGUGAAUGUUCCUAGAGAUGAAACCAUUGUCGAUUUGCAUCUGAGCUGGUAUUACCUGUUUGCCUGGGGGCCAGCCAUUCAAGGCUCCAUCACCCGCCAUGACAUCGACUCACCACCGGCCUCGGAGCGCGUUGUCAGCAUUUACAAGUAUGAGGACAUUUUUAUGCCGUCGGCUGCCUAUCAGACCUUCUCCUCUCCGUUUUGCCUGCUCCUCAUUGUCGCUCUGACCUUCUACUUACUGAUGGGAACCCCUUAACCCAGCUGCCCAGCCACCUGCUUCAAUGGAUUGGAAAGUCUUUAGUAGAAAUCUAUUUUUAAAGAAAAUUCAGUAUACUUUCAGCUCGUAGGAUUUUUUUUUUUUUAAUCAAGACUCAUUUGAUUUCAACUUUUUUUGACCGACAGAGCAAACCUCUCCAACUAGUCCAAGAGAGUUGGUUCAGAACGACCCUGUUCUUUGGGCAAGUCUUUCCAACGUUUCCUGCCACUGCUGAUGGCGCUUUCUCUUGGAGCAUCACAGCAUCUCCGAGUAGCUGGAAGAGGGUUAUUCUUGGCCUUGGAUGGUACUUGAGGCCCAGUAAGUCCACCUUCCUGUGUCCCACCUGCCUUGACUACAUGGUCAAAUACCGUGUGACAAGGUAGAGAAAGGGCUAAGCACGCUCCGAGCACCCUCUGCCCUUUCUGCUACCGCACAGCACAAGAGAGGAACUGAGUGUACAAGGGAGAAGGUCAGGGGAUGUCCCGAGUCUACAGCCAGCCUUCUCAGCAACAGUACUUUCAAGUUUCCAGAAAGCAGAAGACUUCCGCUGUUUGGACCACAGAUGGCAAAAAGAGUGAUUACAGUGAUAGGAAAAUGAUUCCUACUCAUCUGACUUUUCUUCUCAGUGAUUAGCUAUGGGCAACCAAUAUUACUGAUGUUUAGAAAGAUCUUUAGACGUGGAACCGUGAGUGUUCCUGAAGAUGUACAACUAUGUCCAUCAUAGAAAACAUGGGACUUCUUAGCGGUCAGAAUUGGCACUCUGCCACCGCUGUAUUUUAUAAACCAAGGUUUCCCGAGGAUUAGGGUGAAUUCUGUUGUCAAAGUCAAAAAUACUUUUAAAGUUUGGGUAAAUAUGUAUUAUAGAAGAUAAAUCAUCUUGAAAAACAUAAGAUAUUUUAAUAAUAAGUCAAUAUUCAUCGAGAUUGUAGAGAGUUAGAGUAGAAACUUUUUUUUUUUUUUUUUAGAAACUUAAUAAAAAAGUUCUUUGUGUAAUUGAAAACUAGGAAGGUGCCUGGUAAAUGAAUUCACCUACAGUAGUGGUUACCCAUUGGGCUGCAAUCCAAAAGAUAGGCAGCUUGAACCUGCCAACCACUCCUUGGGAGAAAGA